AUGAUGGGCUUCAAAUCUUUCUUGGACAAGCUUCCAGACUCAAGACACGCAGUGGUCUUCUUAGCCUCCCUUGCUACUUUGGCCGCCACUACUCCUGCCUCUGCUCAAUGGCAAAAAGCAGAUGCCUCGGCCGCUGGGGUCGCGCAGCACGGCAAACCCAGUGGCACUGCUGCGGGUGGUGACAGGGGUGCCCACGAAAACGGGGAUUGGCAGCAAUCUGCAAAGCAGCAAGACGAGAAAAGUGAACGUAAAAGCUCCUUCCAGAAGGAUGACGGCACCGGUAAAGCAAAUCGCCAUCAAGCUCGCGGCGAGGCUGGGCAGGCUCCCCACCGAGCCUUUGCUAAUCACAAGGGAGUUGAUGGCCCUCAGCAUAAGCCCGAGGAGGCCAAAGAAAAUGACAACAACUUCAAACAACACCACGCACGCACAGCGGAUGUUUUGGGGACACUUCGGAGGAUGGAUCAGAAAGAAGAUGACCACGCUAAACGGCCACAGGACGGUGAUCGCGACAGUAGUAGUCAGCGCGGUGACGGUGAUCACGGCCGUGGUAAUGAGGAGCAUGGAUCAUAUAACGCAAUGGAUGAUCGCGAACGUGGCAAGGGCAAACAACACGAUGCUAGGGCGACAACCCAACGAGGAGUCUAUGAGUGUUCAGGCCAAAACUGGCAGCAGCCGUGUGUAUGGACGCCUUUAAAAGAAGGUCAAUGUUACAACAGACGGUACGGACGUCUUGGCUCCAUGGGCCCUGACAAUGGCUUAUCUUGCACCAUCUACGAAGUCUCGGAUUGCAACGACCAUGGCUGGAACACUUGUGGGCCGUUCGUGUGGCCGGGGAUCAAGAACUAUCAGAUCAGCAAGUUGCUUCUUGACCACGCCAUGUCUGCGGAUGGUCCAAUGAGCAUCAAGUGCAAGGAAACCAAGAUAUCAAACGCAGUAAAGAUGAACUCGCUCAGAUCAGCAGGCCACUGGAUCUCCAACAAGACCAAGGGCGGCGCCCACUCGGCCAGCAAGGAGACGAACAAGUCAAUUGCCAAAGACCCCAAUGUCCGUGCCUCGACUCGCGUACGCGCCGCUGGUAAUGCCAUGAAGGAUAAAGUGCACGAGACGAACUAUAAUCGUCAGGCCGAUGUGAAUAGGCAUGCCGCCAAACACAAUUACUGA